CGCGCGGGGGCCGCCGGGAGCGGGGCGGGCGCUUGCGCCGCCUCCCCCGCCUCCGCGCCUCUCGGAGCAGCGCGCGCCCCAGCCCCGGAGCCGACUAUGGGCGCCGCCGCGUGGGCAUCGCCGCCCCUGCCGCCGCGUGUGUCUCUCCCGCUGUUGCUGUUGCUCCUGCUGCUGCUGAUGCCGCCGCCGCUCCCGGGGCUUCCCGCGGGCUCCUGGGACCCGGCCGGUUACCUGCUCUACUGCCCAUGCAUGGGGCGCUUCGGGAACCAGGCUGAUCACUUCUUGGGCUCCCUGGCAUUUGCAAAGCUGCUGAAUCGCACCCUGGCUGUGCCUCCUUGGAUUGAGUAUCAGCACCACAAGCCUCCAUUCACCAACCUGCAUGUGCCCUACCAGAAAUACUUCAAGCUGGAGCCUCUCCAGGCCUACCAUCGGGUCAUCAGCCUGGAGGACUUCAUGGAGAAGCUGGCCCCCACCCACUGGCCGCCUGAGAGGCGGGUGGCAUACUGCUUUGAGGUGGCAGCCCAGAGAAGCCCGGAUAAGAAAACAUGCCCCAUGAAGGAAGGAAACCCUUUUGGGCCGUUUUGGGAUCAGUUUCAAGUGAGUUUCAACCAGUCGGAGCUUUUUGCAGGCAUUUCCUUCAGCGCCUCCUACAAGGACCAGUGGAUCCAGAGAUUUUCUCCGAAGGAGCACCCUGUGCUGGCCCUGCCCGGGGCCCCGGCCCAGUUUCCGGUGCUAGAAGAACACAGAGUCCUCCAGAAGUACAUGGUCUGGUCAGAUGAGAUGGUCACGAUGGGGGAGGCCCACAUCCGUGCCCACCUCACACGGCCCUAUGUGGGCAUUCACCUGCGCAUCGGGUCCGACUGGAAGAACGCGUGCGCCAUGCUGAAGGACGGCAGCGCAGGCUCGCACUUCAUGGCGUCGCCGCAGUGCGUGGGCUACCACCGCGGCACUGCCGCCCUGCUCACCCCAACCAUGUGCCUCCCGGACCUGAAGGAGAUCAGGCGGGCGCUGCAGCUCUGGGUGGAGGCCGUCGGCGCCCAGUCAGUCUACGUUGCCACGGACUCUGAGAGCUACGUGCCCGAGAUCCAGCAGCUCUUCAAGGGGAAGGUGAAGGUGGUGGCCCUGAAGCCCGAGGUGGCUCAGAUUGACCUGUACAUCCUUGGCCGAGCCGACCACUUUAUUGGCAACUGCGUCUCCUCCUUCACUGCCUUCGUGAAGCGCGAGCGGGACCUCCAGGGCAGGCCGUCCUCUUUCUUCGGCAUGGACAGCCCCCCGCAGCUGCGGGAUGAGUUCUGACCUGGUCUGACCUGGCCCCUUGGGCCAGGCCUCCCAGGACUGAUCCACACGGGAGCACACUCCCCCCCAACUGCCUGCCAGCACCGGAGAAAAGUCACCAGGGGCUUCCUGGAGGAGGAAGACCAGCCGUCUCCCCAGGCACAGAAGUCCGCCCUCCGGCAGCCCAUGCUUCUCCCUGCCACCUGCCUCACGUGCUGCCCGUGUCUCUCGUGGGCCUGUCUCGCCAGAGCGCGGCUGUGCAGCCUCUGUCUUCUUCUGUCUGCCCUGAGGAGCCCAGGGCACUACACACUCUGCGGCGAGCUUUGACGUCGAUUCCUAGGCUCCAGAGAGAGCUUCAUCGUCUUGACACACAACUGUGACUCCCUCCGCUCGCCCUUAUUUUGAAAAGUCUGUUCCUGAGCAGAGGUGCCUCAAGUGACCUUAACGGAAGGGAGGAUGCGGCCAGGGGUGGGGUGGAUCUGUGGAGCUGUUGAUGAGCGCCAGCGGGGCUGUCAGACUCAUCCCCCACCCGCACCCCACCCCGCCCCGCCCCGCGCCUACCCAAAGCCAUUGUUUUGAUGUCCCCCUCCUAGACCAUGUCCAGGGUUAGGAGCGUGACCCCUCCGCCUGCCUGGGCCAGCAGGUGCUCUUCAUCCCGGCGGCACGUGGUCCUCCCUAGAAGGUUCCCGCCAGGAGGGGCCCUGCCUGGGCCAGGCCAUCUCGCAUGGCUCUCAGUACCGUCGUCAGGGUCUCCCAGUGUGUCUGUCGCCAGAGGCCAGCAGGCCUGGCCACGUCCUGCUGAUGGCCGCUCUUUCCCCGUCCACGCCCUUGUUCCCUGGGCUCAGGUUGCAGACUUGGCCAUAGCGUUGGGCUCCAGCAUCUUCCAGCCCAGCCUCUGCAGCUCGCGUGCCCAGGCCCUCUCCUGAGGGAGGGUUGCCCAGGCCUCUGGCCAGGGAGGGGACUGGCAGGACAUAGGCGUCCCCAGAACUGCCUCUUGGAAGCCAGUGCGGCCCCGCCUGCCGACCCCUGGUGGGAAGGUCCCCAGAGGCUGCAGUUACAAUAAUCCAGAACUCCGGAGAGCCUGUGGCUUUGAGGGGUGGGAUUUGUUUGUAUGGCUCGAAAAUUCGCAUCUAACAUCUGCAUGUAUGACCCCCUUCAGCCCUCAGUCCCAGAAAACAUGGAGAUGUGAACCAGCCAGACGCAGCGCCCUGCAGGGGCCCCUCCCUGGCUGUCCUCAGGGAAGACACCUGGAUUGUCCGGAGGGCUGGGUCAGAGGUCACAGGGCCCGCGGGCUGAAACACCACAGGUGGCAUUACUUGCUGCUUGGAGAGAUGCAAUGGGGCAUGGGACGGUUAUCUGGACCUUCUGCAGAGCGAGGUGCACUGGGCCUUACCCAGAGCCCACACGCCCCGGCCUCCACGGGGUCUUGGGAGUAAAGCAGGACUCGCUGGCUGCUCCCACUUCCUGGACCGCGGGUCACGGCCCACACGCGCUGCACGCCUGAGUGUCUGGGCUCUGAGGGGCCAUGCAACCCUGCUGAUUAGCAUCGGCCCUGAUACCAGCCCGUGUUUCUGGAAGAAAGAGCACUGGAAUUUCAUCGGAGGGAGCCAGUUGUGCUCCCGUAGAGGAAGCACUUGGUUCCUCUUUGACCCAGUUUCCUCGCCAUACAAGGGUGAUAAGACUGCCCGAGUGUGGAAAGGCUCAGGAGCAGAUACUGCGCGUCAGAGAGCACCCGUGGAGGAGUCGCCGAGGGUGCUCCGUGCCUGCUGCUGUUGCACUGCUCCUGUCGCUCUCCUCCUCUGCGCCAGCUCUGUGCUUGACAGGGCCUGGGGGCAGCCUCCGACCGCGUCCCCGCCUCGUGCCUGGGAAACAGCCCCGUGUCCCGUCUCUGCUCCAGACAGAGUGCUCAGAGAACUCUCAGCACUUCCCCCAGGCCUUGCACGGUGGUAGUGGGAAGCAGAGUUUGACUCCCCCUUACCAGCCCCCAGGAUGCUGUGCUGCUCUGGGCGUCUGUGAGGUGCAGGGGGGAAGGUGACCAGACACCUUAGCUUCUGCGGGGUUCCCGCUGCGGGCCGGCCACUGCCGGGAAGUUUUGGGACAGGGCGCUCACCCCAGAAACAAAGUGCCCACGAGAAGCCUGCAGCAUUCUCGAACGGCUGCAUCCUUCCGGUCCAUCAGGUGGUUAAGCAUCACCCACCGUGUGAUACGGAGACGGCACUUCGGGGUACUGGGGAUUCAGCCCAGGCUCAGAUUAGAGGAAUGUGUCCAAGUAAGUAGAAGACACAGCACCUGUGUCAGAGGGAGUGAUGAGAGUGCUGUGAAGAGAAAGGUUUGGGGGCACGGGGCAGAGCCGAGAGCAGGGAGCUCAGGGAAGGCCUCUAUGAGGGGGACCAGGAAGAAGGACGGGUGGGGCGACACUCAGGUCUGCCGGCUGAGGCCCUGAAGCUCAAGUGCAUGUUUUUGUUGUUGUUGGGGAUUCGGGGCUUAUUACUCCUGGCUCUUCACGCAGGGGUCACUCCUGCCAGUGCUUGGGGGGCCAUACGGGGUUCUAGAAUUGGAAACCAAGUCUGCUGUCUUCAUGGCCAGCACCUCACCCGCUGCACCCUCUGGCCCCAUGGAGCAGGUGUUUGAAAUUGGCCUACGAGGCUCGACACAGCAGGAAGAAGGGAGGGGAGAGGCAAGGUGGGACGAGAUGGUGGGGCUCAAGCAGGGGUCCUUGCAGCAUAGUCGAUGGGCGAUUCUAGCUUUAUAAACCACUGUAGAAGAUCCGAGUCUUUGCAGCAUUUUAAUCACGCAGUGUGGACAAUUCAGUGUCCUGGUGUUCACUGAAGAGCAUAUCAUUUUCCUUGUUGCUACUCAGCCUUGAAGAAUGUUUUUUGUUCCUUGUUUGGGGGCCAUACCUAGCAAUGCUCAGGGGUUACUCCUGGCUCUGCACUCAGGAAUUACUCCUGGCGGUGCUCAGGGGGGCCAUUUGGGAUGUCCGGGACCAAACCCGGGUUGGCUGUGUGCAAGGCAAACGCCCUACUUGCUGUACUACUCCAGUUAUUUGAAGAAUGUUUUUAAUGACAGAGCACUCAUUAACAGGUGACCCAUUGCUCAGUAUUAUCCUAUUUUAAGAACUUAAUAUGUUCCUGAUUUUCACUGUCAUUUGAAAAAUCCAUUUGUAGGGUUUUUUGGCCACAUCUAAGAUUUUUUUUUUAUUAUGUCCCCAGAAGUGGAUUUGUUAGAAUGAAGAUUUAAAAACUAAAAAUCUUUGUUAUGCAGUGGUGGUGGAAAAUGUGCACUGGUGGAGGGAUGGGUGCUCCAGCAUUGUUUGACUGAAACGCAGUCAUGCAAGUUUGUAACUGUAUCUCACAGUGAUCCAAUAAAAUUUCUUAGAAAAAAAAAUCUUUGUUAUGGAAAAGCAAAUUACAUAAAGGUUGUAUAAUAAAAUGAAUUUACAGUUUCAACCAUUCUUACAAUUUCUCUAGUAUCAUUUUAUUUUCUAGCCUACCCACUAAUUCAGUUCCUGUAGUCAUUUAAAGGGGACUGGAAGGGCUGGAGCCAUACCACAGCAGGGAGGGCUUUUGCCUUGCAUGCGGCCUACCCGGGUUCGAUUCCCAGCAUCCCAUAUGGUCCCCUGAGCACUGCCAGGGGUAAUUCCUGAGUGCAGAGCCAAGAGUAACCCCUGUGCAUCGCCAGGUGUGACCCAAGAAGCAAAAAAAAAAAAAAACAUAAAGGGGACUGGAGUGAUACACAGUGGGUAGGGUGUUUGCCUUGCACACGGCCAACCCAGGUUCAAUUCCUCCAUCCCUCUCGGAGAGCCCUGCAAACUACCAAGAGUAACCCACCCACAUGGCAGAGCCUGGCAAGCUACCCGUGGCAUAUUCGAGAUGCCAAAAACAGUAACAACAAGUCUCACAAUGGAGACGUUACUGGUGCCCACUCGAGCAAAUCGGUGAAUAACAGGACGACAAUGCUACAGUGCAGUCAUUUAAAGAAAAUCCGAAUAUGCCUCGAAGGAUUUGCUAGCACGCUGAAUCAGGGCUCUUGGGAAUGAGCUAAGCCCUGUGAGAUUUGGGCCCAAAAAACGAGGUGAACAAGUGGUUCCUGACUGACUUACAGAGUGACCUCAGUGCAGGUCACUCACCUGCUCCCACUGAUUGGCUGUUUCUCAGAAUUGGUCUUCUCAAGGCCGUUGGAGCCCUGGUUUAGAAAGCAGAUUCCAACCACCCACUCAGAAUUGAAGCAUCAGAACGUGCCUUACCUGCCGUACUAUUGCUCCAGGCCAAAGCCUCUUAAAUUGUGAUCCUUGGGCUGGGGAAACAGGCCCAGUGACAUCUAUAGCCCCAGAGGUGCCAGGCGGUACCCAGGAAUCUACAUCUUACAACACACCGAUGCAUGAUUUUGAUCCCCAGUGGCCUGAGAGACUUCUUUAUUUCUGGGGCCACACCCAGCAGUGUUCACAGCUUAUUCCUGGCUCUGUGUUCAGGGAUCAGUGAUUACUGACAGGGCUUGGGAAGAUUGUGGCACUGGAGAUUAAACCCACAGCAGCCACGUGCAAGGCAAAUGCCUUACCCACUGUACUGUUGCUCCAGGCCCAGGCCCUCUUAAAUUGUAAUUGUUGGGCCAGGGAACUAGGUCCAGUGACGUCCACAGCUCUAGGAGAUGCCAGGCAGUGAACACUGUUGGAGUUGGGAUGUCGAUUGACCGUGGGCACCGGAUGGAAUGCACAGCUAGAGAGUUCAACCUUCGAUCAGUAGGUUUCUGUUUUAGAAUGAGUCUGAGCAUGUAGAAGUAAAACAAUGAAACUACUUACUUAUUACUUAUUUUAAGUAAGUAUUUUACUUACUCUCCCUUGAAAUAAUGUGAUUUAAGGACAAGCAGGUUUGUUAUGCUUUCAUGUCUUAUUUUAAAAGUCAAGUAGAAGGCAGAAGAGAUCGUAAAGCGUUUGCCCUGCAUGCAGCUAAUCUGGAUUUGAUCCCUGGCACUGCAUAGGGUCCCUUGUGCCCUGCCAGGAGUGAGCCCUUAAUGGGUGUUGGAACAUGAUAUGACCGAAAUCCAAUUAUAAACAACUUUGUAACUGUAUCUCACUGUGAUUCAAUUUUAAAAAUUAAUAAAACUUAAAAAAAAAAGUGAUCCCUGAACACAGAAGUAAGCCCUGAGCACAACUGAAUGUGGACCCCCCCUACACACACACACACACACACAUACACACACACACAAAGGUGAGGGACAGGAUAGGGGAGGCCAUGGGAAGAGUUAAAGCUUAGGAAAUAAUAAUAAGGUUUUGCUGUUCCCCAAGUAAGAUUCUCUUUCCUCCCUUCUCUCUCCAUCCUUGGUUGAAUUGAUGGGGGGGAGGGGGUGGAAAACGUUGCCUAAAGGCAAAUCCUGCACUCAGGAUUAUGUUGUCAGCAUUUAUUCAAAUUCUUCCUUGACACCUGGUAUACUUUAGGGUUGGGCCCUCUCCCUUGAAAUAAUGUGAUUUAAGGACAAGCAGGUUUGUUAUGUUUUCACAUCUAAUCCUUUAUUGAUCAUCAGCCCAGGGAUACUAAGCCCAGCCAGGUAAACAGCGGGGAGGGGAGGCAUUUCCCAGAAACCUCCUGAUCUCGUGCAGUGACUUAGCAGAACUGGGGAACAAUGCCCACUCAGGUGGCAGAGGAGAAGCCACCCGAGCAGCCUCCGGACGGUACCCAGCCCUCCCUGAAAAUGUACCUUUAAAAAAGAAACGGCCACACGUCUAGCCAUUUGACAGUUAUUAUGUGGGGAUUGAGAGAUUGCCCCUCUUGGACUGUGUGCAAGAUGGCUCAAGAAGUACAAGGCACUGGGAGAAGAAGAGAAUUAUUAUUUUUUUAUUCUUUUCUCAAUCCUGCUAACGAUGCCAAAAAGAAAACCUCAGUUUGAUUCAUUGCAUGUGUCAUUAAGUCUUGUGCCUUGUAAAUAAUCUUCCCUGCUGGGACCAGAGAUGUAGUACUGUGAGUAGGUCAUUUGUCUUGUACGUGGCUGAUUUGGGUUCAAUCCCUGGCACCCUUCUGUGGUCCCUGAGCCACAUCAGGACUGAUUCCUGAAUGCAGAGCCUAAACCCUGAGCACAGCCAGGUAGGCCCAACAACCGAAGGGAAAAAAAAUUUUUUUUUUUAAUAUCUGUAACAGAAUCUCAUGAGAAUUUAAUAUCACUGUCUGUUACUAGUACUUUGAUUGAUUUUUGGUGUGGCUAAAUAAAAAACUCUGGGCUUGGGGCCGGAGUGAUAGCACAGCGGGUAGGGCGUUUGCCUUGCACGCGGCCGACCCGGGUUCAAUCCCCGGCAUCCCAUAUGGUCCCCCAAGCACUGCCAGGAGUAAUUCCUGAGUGCAAAGCCAGGAGUAACCCCUGAGCAUCGCUGGGUGUGACCCAAAAACCAAAAAAAAAAAAAAAAAACUCUGGGCUUGAGAGAUAGUACAAAGAUUAAGGCAUAUACUUGGUAUGUGCCUUGGCCCCAGCCAUACUGGUUCAAAACCUGGCACCACAUAUGGUCUCCUAAGAACCAUCAGGAGUGACCCCUGAGCAUAGGGGCAGGGGUAGCUUCUGAGCACCACAGAUAUGCCCCCCACCACCACACAUACAUUGCAAAUAAUCCUACUAUGAUUGUAAAAAUAUCUGUUAGGGGU